AUGAACGCUGCAAGACUCUUGAGGCUUCAGCCUCUUCGGGCAGCUGGCAUGCGGCAAGCUGCCUUCCGCCAAUCCGCCCAGAAACAGACUGCCAGACCAUUCCACAACACCCGGACCAGGUUCAGGGCUAAGGAGGAUGACCAAAGUGCACACACCAUUACCCAAAGAAUCCGCAUGCUCAAGAGAAUCCCUCCGGAAUUGCUCCCUCUCGGCGUGGUCAUUGCGUACGUCUAUCCAUUCCUAGCGAGUAUGGGAAAAGCAAUUUGA